ACAGCUGUCUGAAAUUGCAGAGACCAGAACAUCAGAUGAGGACAACCAAUGCUCUGAAAUAUUAUAGGAAUUUCAACUUUGAGUUUCAAACCUGUGCUUGACAGAUGCUGGUGGAGAUGUCAUAUUUACUUCUGCGUCCUUCUCCUCACACGUUAUAGUGAAAGCUGCUUUGAUUCAGAGUCGAGCGCUUAAUAAUAUCCUGAACUGGACAAACAGAGACUUUACACUAUGACCCUGCGGAUCUGUAAUCUGGUCCCCCAGUGCAUCCUGCCCCACACCUUCUCCCCCCACCUACUUCUGUCUGUGCUGCUGUUGCUCCUCCACUCCUGGUGGGGGAGCUGUCACCCCCAGUGUUUGGACUACAAGCCUCCGUUUGAGCCCCGGCAGCCAUUGGUCCUCUGCAAGGAGUACUCCAAGUUUGGAUGCUGCGAUGUGGAAAGGGACGGGGAGAUAUCGGUCAAGUUUCACACCAUCAUGGAGAACUUCGACCAUUCGGGAUAUGUCGCCUGCGGCAAGUACAUACGCAGCAUCCUCUGCCAGGAGUGUUCUCCGUACGCUGCCCACCUGUACGAUGCUGAAGAUGCCAACACGCCCAUGCGGAUGCUGCCUGGACUGUGUGGCGAUUACUGCUCCGACUACUGGCAUCAGUGUCGCUACACACUCAGCCUCCUCUUGGAGGACAUGGGGAGCCCGCAGCAGUUCGCAAACCUCACGGCGACGAUAGAAGAUGAUCGCAGAAGGUUCUGCGACUUUCUGGUGCUGAAGGACAAACAGUACUGCUAUCCAAAUGUGCUGACGAGUACAGAGCUAAAUGCUAACCUCGGCUCGGUGCGUGAAGAUCCUAAAGGUUGUCUGGAGUUGUGUUUACAGGAGGUCGCAAACGGGCUCCGCAACCCCGUGGCCAUGAUUCACGCAGAUGACGGAACGCAUCGCUUCUUCGUGGCAGAGCAGCUGGGUUACGUGUGGGUGUAUUUGGCCAACGGCUCCAGGAUCGACCGACCUUUCCUCAACCUCACACGGGCUGUCCUCACGUCUCCGUGGGCUGGAGACGAGAGGGGGUUCCUCUGCAUAGCCCUGCACCCAAGGUUCACAACAGUCAGAAAGGCCUAUGUGUAUUAUUCUGUGUCUGUCAAGAAGGAGGAGAGGAUACGAAUCAGUGAGUUCACACUGUCAACUCACGACGAUAACCAACUCGACCACUCGUCUGAGAGAACCAUCCUUGAGGUGGUGGAGCCAGCAUCCAAUCAUAACGGAGGACAACUCCUGUUUGGCCAUGACGGCUACCUUUACAUCUUCAUCGGUGAUGGUGGUCGAGCUGGGGACCCCUUUGGAAAGUUUGGCAACUCACAGAACAAGUCAACACUUCUCGGCAAGGCGCUGCGCGUCGAUGUCGAGGACAAUGACGACGGCGCCCCGUACAGCAUUCCAUCGGACAACCCGUUCCUGAGGGAGAACGAAGCACGAGCUGAGAUUUAUGCGUAUGGAGUGCGCAACAUGUGGCGCUGCUCCAUUGACCGCGGUGACCCUGUGACAGGGCGAGGCAGAGGCAGGAUGUUUUGCGGUGACGUGGGCCAGAACAAAUACGAAGAGGUGGACCUCAUUGUUAAAGGCGGCAACUACGGAUGGAGGGCCAAAGAGGGCUUCAGCUGCUAUGAUCGCAAACUCUGCCAAAACUCAUCUCUAGAUGACAUCUUGCCAAUCUUCGCCUACCCCCACAAAGUGGGCAAAUCAGUGACAGGAGGAUACAUCUACAGAGGCUGUCAGAUGCCCAACCUUAAUGGAAUCUACAUCUUUGGGGAUUUCAUGAGUGGGCGUCUGAUGUCUUUAAAGGAGAAUGUCACCACGGGUCAGUGGCAGUACAAUGAGAUCUGUAUGGGAACAGACCAGACCUGCAGAUUCCCCAAACUCAUCAACAGUUAUUAUAAAUACAUCAUCUCUUUUGCUGAGGAUGAGGCAGGAGAACUGUUUUUCUUAGCCACAGGAGCUGCGAGCGCCACAGCAAGAGCAGGAGUCAUCUAUAAGAUAGUGGAUCCUUCCAGACGAGCUCCACCAGGAAAAUGUGGCGUCAAGCCUUCACAUGUUAACAUAAAGGGAAAACUGAUUCACUUUCACCCCAAAGAAGAAUUUGUAAUUAACAAGAGACCGACCACGACACCUUUUCCCACGACGACCACAAGAAGAACUACAACAACAACGAAAAAAACACCAAGAAAACCCAUAAUAAUAAUAAAACCACCAAUGCCAACGAGAAAAACACUACGAAAAACGCAGCUACCACCAACGACAGCAGCAACAAGAAAGACAACACUGCAGACGACGAGAAAGGCAACGAGAAAGACGACAUUACCAACAUCAACUUUAAAAGCAACGACAAUAAAAGCAACCCCAGCCAUGACAAUCAAACCAACAACCUUACCCGCAACUGUCCAGACGGCCUCGGAAACAACUCCUGCCACGACCACGCCCACUGGUUAUCGUACAACCGUCAUGACUGCAGUCUCUUCUAGGAUUGCUCAGACCCCAAUCAUCACAACGCGUCCAACAAGGAGAAAUGGGAGACCCCUUCAGUUUCCCCCUAGUACCACCUCCCAACCUUUGACCUCACCACAGCUCCCUCCUUCUCCAUCCACAAUAUCCUUGAGACGAUCUGAGACGGCUCUGACCUCUACGCGUUACCCUGAGCGUCCUGGAGCGUGGACCACACCUCGUCCUCCUUACUGGAGCCAGAAACCCGUUGUGUCUUCCUACAAGCCCCAGAGACCACCGGUCAAUGCCACGGUGCCUAAAGCACGAGAAGAACAACUGUGGCUUGAGCAGAAGCUGAAAGGUGCUGGGGAGGGCAACCAAGUGUAUAAGAGGCCCAGAGGAAGAGGUAGAGGUCACGUUUUCCAAAGAGGAGGAGGAGGUAGAAGGCUGAGAGUUGGCUCAGUGCGACUGGUGAGCACUGACGGUUUAUCGGCUCGAGGCAGAGUGGAGAUCUUUAUCCGAGGAGAGUGGGGGACAGUGUGCGAUGACCUCUUCACCACCAAGGCGGGCACUGUGGUGUGUCGACAGCUCGGCUUCACGACGGCGCUGGCAGUGAUGAAGAGGGCCGCGCUGGGGGAGGCUGACAGAAGUGUCAGGAUCCUACUGGAUGACGUGGAGUGCGAGGGCGGGGAGAGAUCGCUGCUGGAGUGCAAGAGAUCCAGGGUUGGGAAACACAACUGCUCACAUCGGGAGGAUGUAGGGGUGAUCUGCGGUUAGCACAGAGUUUUGAAAAGAAGAAUAACACAGGAAGGGAAGGAGGAGGCAGCGAUUCAUGGUCCUGUCACACAGAGGAAGUGACAGGAUCAGCAGGAGGCAAGAAGGGAAUAAGAGAGUAUUUGAAAAAGUUAUAAAAGGAUAUGACAGACUGCACAUUUUACAGCAUGAUUGUUCAAGGCAAUUUCAAUGAAUUGUGUUUUUCCUAUUUGCCUGUUUUUCUAAAUUGAUGUUUCAUUUUUCACGGCUAAAUGCUCAGUUGUCCUUCAACAGAGCUAGUCACAAAGUGCUUUACAAAAAUACAAAAGUAUUUUUGUAAAGCACUCGACAAUUCUGUCGAGUCCCUUCAACAGAAUUGCAGGAGAGCAUCGGAAUUUCUUGCAGAAGUAAAAUAAAUCUGCAUGUAAAUGUGAACUCUAAAUUUAUUACGUUCUAACUCCACUGUGGAUGGUAAAAGUAAUACGCUCUCUGGAAAUAACAGUGUUAACCGCGUGGCUAGGAAUCACAAAUCCAAAUAUUCUCCAUGUCGGUUUCUGUAUAGCGUCAAAUAAGACCUUGGCAAAUGCCUAAAUUAAUUUUACUUUGCCAUUCUCUGUUGCGACCUGGCAUUAAUUGCAAAACCCAUUCACUGUCAUGACAAGAUUCAACGCUUCAAAGAGCCUCACUGGAACAGUCCAACUAUAACACCACUGCCCGCUGGUGGAAUGAUGGUUUCUUUUCCCAUACUUAGAGAUAGAUGUUAUUUUAACCCCAAAAUGGUCAAAAUUAAAUAAAUUGGCUUUUGAAAACCGUACUGACAUUCUAUCAGUUCGGUUUACAUGUUUAGUAGAGUAAAACCACCCAGAUCUGUUCAGUCAGCUGUGUUCUGAGAAGAUAUUUGUAAUUUUUUGUAUUGUAUAAUCCCAGCAGGUCUAUUUUCUUUUUGCAUUUUGACACCUUUUUGAAUGUAGCGCUACCAAAGAAAUGCUGGACAUGCUGCAACGAAUGUGAUAAAAUUUUUCCAGCUUGACAUGAAGAGAUUUAACAGCACAGAGUGAUUUAAAUAAAGUUUACUGCAAAGUG